AUGGCAUUGUGUCCAAAACCAUAUUCAUUUGAAAAAAAUAUUAAUGCUGCUACCAGUUCACAUCUAUUAACAAGAACCAAUAAAGGUAGUAACACUAAUAAUAAUAAUAAUAAUAACAUCACCAUCAAUAAAUUAAAUAAUAACAAACGUGGUUGUGAAUAUUCAUUUCCAUCAUCAUCAUCAUCAAACAAAAGAAUAUGUUUACAACAAUUGAGAAAUAAUAACAAUAUACCGAAUAAUUAUUAUUCAUCUUCAUCUGAAGAUGAUGAUUCAGAAGAUGAACAAUCUUGUUAUUAUGCUGAUCAGAUCAGAGCAAAAAGAAGAGCAUCAUCAAGAGUUUCAUUCUCAUUAAAUUCUGAAUUGUCAAAAGCGAUUUUUCAAUAUAGUGAUGAUGAAGAUGAAGAAAGUGAUAGACAACAACAACAACAACAACAACAGCCACCACAACAACAGCAAAACAAAAGGUCAACUAUUUGUCCUAGAAGAUCAUCAGAUUCAUCAAUUAAAAUCAUGAGAUCAGAUGAGGAACAUGAAAAUUUAGAUUGUAAAUUCACCUCAAGUCCUGUUGGAUCAAAUUUAUCAUUAAAAAAAAUGCUUGUACAUAAUAGUGAUGAAGAACAGUUUGAUGAAGAAGAAGAAUUAUUUGAAAGUGAUGCUAGUAAUCAAUCUGUUGCUAUUGCUGAUAAAAAUGCAAGAUCAAGAUGCUUUGAGUAUUUAAUUGGUGCAAUUGAUGAAGCAUGGGCAAAGUAUUGUGAUGCAACAACUUAUGUUGAAGAUGAAGUACAUGGUUAUAUAACACCAGCAUCAUUAGCAUCAGAAGAUGAUGAUGAUGAUAAAGAGUUAAUGAAUUUAAAACAAAGAUUAGUAAAUUCUAAAAAUUUUUUACAAGAUCAUAUAGAAUCUUUUGAUUUAAAUGAUAUUAAAAAAUUUUGGAAUCGUUGGGAUAUAUCUAAAUAUCAAAUGUUAGAUGUAAUGGAAGAUGAAGAUGAUAUUUUAGAGGAACUUGAAUCAGGAAGGUAUUAUUUUUAG